AUGGGUAGGGACACUAUUGCUGAGAUAAUCACUUCUAUACGAAAUGCUGAUAUGGAUCGAAAAAGAGUGGUUCGAAUAGCAUCCACCAAUAUUACCGAAAAUAUUGUAAGAAUACUUUUACGAGAAGGUUUUAUUGAAAACGUGAGAAAGCAUCGAGAAAAAAACAAAAAUUUUUUUGUUUUAACCCUGCGACAUAGAAGGAAUAGGAAAAGACCCUAUAGAAAUAUUUUCAAUUUAAAACGGAUCAGUCGACCCGGUUUACGAAUCUAUUCUAACUAUCAACGAAUCCCUAAAAUUUUAGGUGGGAUGGGAGUUGUAAUUCUUUCUACUUCGCGAGGUAUAAUGACAGACCGAGAGGCUCGACUAGAAGGAAUCGGGGGAGAAAUUUUGUGUUAUAUAUGGUAA